AUGAAGAAGGAGCAGCAGCGGGUGGACACACCUCCAGCUGCAGCACACAACAUGUCCGACUACGCACUGGAAUCAAAUGGUGGCAGUGUGAUGCAGAAACACAGUUCAAAGACAUAUCGGGCUCCAUCACCCUAUCAGUCAUAUUUGUUUUAUAACAUUUUCUGGACUGAUUUGAGGGGCCCGCCGAGUCAUCGGACUGUGAUCCAGGGCAACACAGAUCUUCGCCCUGGUUACUGCUGGGCCUUUGCCGGGGGGCGGGGACACCUGGUUGUCUCCCUGUCCCACCCAGUCAGUGUUACCCACGUCACACUGGACCACAUCUCAAAGACAGUGUCCCCCACUGGCCAAAUCAGCGAAGCUCCAAAGAACUUUGCUGUGUUUGGAAUGAGCUCUUUGGACGAGGCUGAGGGAACCUGGCUUGGCAGCUUUCAAUACAAUCAGGACGGCGGAGCCAUCCAGACCUUCCAGCUGCCUGAAUCUGCCAAACGGGUGUUCAAGUUUGUGAAGCUGGUGGUGGAGAGUAACUGGGGACACGAGGUCUAUACCUGCCUGUACAGGUUCAGGGUCCACGGGACGCUGUCCCAGUGACCUGUCAUCAUUCUGCCC